UGUUACCUCAACCCGUCUGGCCUCAACCUGUUGAGUAUCGAUUUGAUCGACCAGCUCGGACUGGCUGAGCUCCCCGUCAGCGCCAUAUGCCACUCCCUGCAAUCACCUGCCGAAUCCAACCAGCUCGCCAACCGCAUCAUCCAUGACUUCCCUGCGGUCUUCGAGAAGGGCCUUGGCCACUGCAUCCGAACGAAAGCCACGCUAACUCUGGUUGAUGGGGCAAAACCUGUGUUCCGGACACGACGACUCGUCCCGUACGCCGCCCUGCCCCUGGUGGACGCUGAACUCAAACGACGCGAAUCCCUUGGUAUCCUGGCGCCCAUUCCACACUCCGCGUGGGCCGCACCCAUUGUGGUCGUGAAGAAGGCAAAUGGUGAGCUUCGUAUCUGCGCCGACUACUCGACUGGACUCAAUACCGCCCUCAACCCAAACCACUAUAUGCUACCCGUCCCCGAAGACCUAUUCACGGUACUCAAAGGCGGCACUUGUUCUGCGAAACUGGACUUGUCUGAAGCCUACUUCCAAAUUGAAGUAGAUCAAGAAUGCCAACCACUCCUGACCAGCACCCACCGCGGCCUAUUCAAAUUUACCCGCUUACCGUUCGGUGUCAAGACCGCCCCGGCGAUCUUCCAACAAAUCGUGGACACAAUGCUCCCUGGGUUACCUGGUACGGCCGCAUAUCUAGACGACAUCAGCGCGGUCGGCACGUCUACCGAGGACCUACACUCUCGUCUUAAAUCCGUCCUCCAACGCAUCCAAGGCUAA